UUUGUUUAUGUUGACGCUCAAUUUUAUGUAAUUUUGCACUAUGUGAUUGUAAUUUAAUCAGCUGCCAUGCGAUAUUAAUAACUAGGCUAUAGCAUUAGAUACAGUAAGUUGUAUCGAAGUCAUUUAGUGAAAAUGAUUUGAACGGAAUGGCUCUCCCACCACCAGAUCAAGUUUGUAUCAUGGAUCAGGGGUUGGAUGAAGAAGCUCCUUCCCCCCGCUGUCUACAGCAACAUUGUCUCUCACCAACAUCCUUAGCACUGCGAUUGGAAAGUGAUGAUGGUAUAGACUGCUAUGGAAAUGAGCGUGAAAUACUAACAGAGCAGGCCAGAUUUUACAACAACAAGCUGCUCAGUGAUGUUGUGCUGCAAGUAGAGAAUGAAAAGUUUUUUGCUCAUAAGCUGGUGCUGGUGAGAGCAUCGCAGGUCUUUGAACGCAUGUUUACAAGCAGACAAUGGGACAGUCACAAAGAGAAGGAAAUCAAGUUAGUUGAAGAAAGUGUUUGUGUGGGCGUGUUUCCAAGGUUUCUGAAGUUCCUCUAUACCUGCCACAUUAAGCUCAACAUUGAUAACACUCUGCCUGUUCUAAUCCUCUCUGACAAGUACAAUGUAACAGAUCUACGAAAUGUGUGCCUAGACUUUGCCUGCUACUACAUUAUUCCUAAAGUGCAGCUGAAAGAUGUCUUUCAUGUCUGGUUUCAGUAUGCCACCAAAUGCUACCAUCACAGGCUUACCAAUUCUUGUGUUCAGGCUUUGGCCAUGAAAAUGGAUGAAAUAAUCAACUCAGCUGAAUGGGAGGCUGAAUGGCUGAGUCUGGAUAAGGAACAACUUAUGGAGAUUAUGAAUUCAUCCUGUCUGGUUGUGAAAGAUGAAUAUGAUCUUUGGUUGGCUGUUGUGAAAUGGCUUACGGCCUUCAGAGAUUCUAAACAACUCAAUAACAAACAGUUUGAAACACUCUUAUCUGAACUGAUGGAGACUGUUAGGUUUCCAAUGAUGACCCCUGACCAGCUUAGUCAGUUAGAAUCACUCACCCUUGUGGAACAACAUAAGGAUCUGUUCCAGCAACCGCUUCUCCUGGCCUACAAAUACCACGCCCUUCCAUUAUCCACUCGGGCUCGCACAAAAGAGUUCACCACCAGGUCUUUCCUCUUGAGAAACUACUCCAACCUCCGCUGGGACAAACGCAUUGUGAUCCCACGUCUCUCCGCCAUUCCGAAAGGAACAGAGGUCGGCGUGCGAUUUUCCACCAGGGCGUCGUCUUUCCCAGCGCAGACUUGGGAAUGGGAGUUGAAAAUCCACCCCAAGGGUUUGUCCUCCAACCCAGAGGAUCUGCGUAUAUUACUGUACUCCAACGUCAUCUUGGAGCAGCCCCGGGCCGUGGAGUAUUACCUGGCGCUUGUCAAUAGUCAGCAGCUCCUGCACGCUGUGUGCGGCAAGAAGAACUUCUCCAAGGCUCGGUUCUUCUCUGACACGGAGAUGGAGAAGAAGGUCACGGUCAGCGAGUUGUCGCAGCAGCAGUCUCCGUUUGUUGUGGAGGACUCGCUGCUGCUGCAGAUUUGUUUGAGACCUGCUGACUAG